AUGGCACCGCCACCAUUAUCUCUCGAAUCAUCAAUUUUGAUCAUAGGAGGUGGGACAUGGGGGUGUUCCACUGCCAUUCAUUUGGUUCGCCGGGGCUAUAGAAAAGUUACGGUGCUUGAUCUGUACGAGAUUCCGUCUGUUAUCGCUGCAGGGAAUGGUAUCAACGAAAUAAUGGAACAUAAGGAAUUGAAAGAAGGUAUGUGUCGCCUUUGCCUCUUUUACCCGUGCAGCAUAAUGGUUGGAAAAAACGACCCUGUAUUUUCACCAUUUUUCCAUGAGACAGGUUUGAUUGUUUCUGCUAGCACCCCCGCUCUCACUCGGCACAUACAAGAAGAAAAGAUUGCAUUAUAUGAAGGAGAAUUUGUGGCCCUCGAGACAGCAGAAGACUUUCGCAGGACAAUGCCGCCGGGUGUACUGACCGGCGACUUUGUCAGUUGGAAAGGAUGGUUUCAUGCGCAGAAAGCCAUUAUAUCGGCAUAUGCCGAAGCAAAACGUCUUGGUGUGGCAUUCAUAACAGGCACAUCACAUAGCAAAGUUGUUGCACUAGCUCACGAAAAUGGAGAUGUCGUUGGCGCCUCAACUGUAGACGGAAUACUUCAUCGAGCGGAUCGUACGAUUUUAGCAGCGGGGGCUGAAAGUGACCGUCUUCUAGACUUCAAAAAACAGCUGCGACCAGCAGCUUGGACCUUGUCGCACAUUCCUAUGACUCCAAAAGAAGCAAAGCUCUACAAAAAUCUUCCAGUUCUUUUUAAUAUCGCAAAGGGGUUUUUCAUAGAGCCCGAUGAGGACAAACAUGAGUUGAAGAUAUGCGAUGAGCACCCAGGGUACUGCAAUUUCGCUUUGGACUCACUUCAUACCGGGGAGAGAAGGAGCAUCCCAUUUGCCAAACAUCAAAUUCCUCUUGAGGCCGAGUCUCACGCCAGAAACUUCUUGCGGGAAACAAUGCCGCAUCUUGCAGAUAGACCGUUUUCAUUUGCUAGGAUCUGCUGGGAUGCCGAUACAGUUGAUCGUGCAUUUCUGAUUGAUCAACAUCCAGACCAUCCUUCCCUUAUUGUUGCUGUUGGAGGAUCAGGCAACGGGGCGAUGCAGAUACCGUCAACCGGGGCUUUCAUCUCAGAUACACUGGAAGGAAAACUUCCAGAAGAAUUAAGUCGCGUGGUACGCUGGCGACCUGAAGCUGCGAAGAAUCGGGAUUGGAAAUCUACACAAGACCGUUUUGGAGGUCCUGAUAAGGUCAUGGACCUCCAGGAUGUGAAAGCAGAUGAGUGGACUCAAAUUAAAGAAAACAGAAGCUAUACUGUGGACAUAUCGGGAACUAUACAAUAUAGCUGA